AGAAGAGUGAAUACAUAAUCCUCACAUUCGUCAGAUUAAUUAAUUUUUUGAACAAAAAAACCUUCAUACACAUUUCUUCUUUCUAAUAUUUUUGAGCUCUUUAAUCAAUUGCGUGGAAAUGCCUCCGAAAAAUCCACACCACGAAGGAAACAACAAUAUAGAGCUUGACCAGAGCGAAAAAGAGAUUAAAAUUCAACCAGAAGAUCUCAACAUUAUUUGGGGCGAAGACAAUCGCUACUGGAACAUAAAGCCUGGUAAGGCAGAAUUAUUGCAAGUUUGUUGGCUUGAGGUGACUGGUUCCGUUCGUUGCAUCGACCCGAAGAAAUCGUACAGAGUCAGUUUCAAUGUAUCGUUUAUGACGGACGCAUUUGGUUGGGGGGUUCAUCCUCUCUAUCUUAUGUUAAAGGCUGGAAAAGAUGGAAAAGUUGAAUGGAAAAAAAUUGAAAUUAAAGAGGCAAACGAGAGUGUGAACAUCACUGGAGAUUCAAAGGCACAAACAGAUUCAACUGGUGACUCAAGGCUUUAUUUUGGUUUGUAUGAAGUUUGGAGUGGCAAAUGGAAAGGGGGUUUGGAAAUUCAUCACGUAAUCGUCAAAGAAGUCCAAUAAAAACAUUUAUACACAAAUUGGUCUAUACGUUUGUCAUAGAAUAAGAUGAUACUCUAUAUUCAUAAAUAAAUUUCUUCCAUAUAUUCAAGAAGAAUUGUUGCAAUAUUGUCUAUUGAUGUAAUCUUCAAUUUUUCUUGUUUUUUAGUAAUAAAAAAGCUGUGUUGUAAUUUC